AAAGCAGCAUCUCUGAGUCAGCUGCCUGUUGAAGACCUCAAAGACCCUCUUCCUCCUCAGUGGCGAUGCUACAUGUCUCCACAAGGUCGACGGUACUAUGUUAACACCACAAACAAUGAGACAACGUGGGAGAGACCAUCCAGCACCCCGGGGACCCCCAAGACCUCCUUCAGGCACAAGAACUCUCUGCCAGCAGUGAAUGGGUUCCACUCCAGUGGUAGUCCCUCACAUCACGUGGAGUUUUCACACAACAGUCUGGUCAGGAAGAGCAGUUCAGAGCCACAGAGCCCGGGGUCAACGUCGCCUGCCCGGAAACAAAACAAAGAGUCUACAGUUACGAUCAACUCUGUGACGUUUCCAUCACUGGCCUUCAUGUCUGAACAGCAGCUGCUGAAACCAGACGAAUGGAGCUACUGUGACUUUUUCUGGGCCGACAAGAAAGAUCCCCAGGGUAACGGCUUCAUCUCAGGAUUUGAGGUUUUGGUGCAGAAGCAGCUGAAGGGUAAACAGAUUCAGAAAGAGAUGGCCGAGUUCAUACGAGAGAGGAUAAAGAUAGAAGAAGAGUACGCCAAGAACCUUUCAAAGCUCUCCCAGAUCCAUCUUGGAGGACAGGAAGAAGG